UCUCCCGUAGAAUUGUGUGGGCGGGACGUAAGCGCGUCGGAAAGACGUCACUAGAGCGCGCCGGAAGUGGAGGAGUAGAGGAAGUCGCCAGUUGUCGGUGAAAAUGACAACUCUGAAUGUCCCCGUCAUCGACAUCUAUAAUGAAAAUUUCUCUGAGCUGUGGCCCUCUGUUCUGCUGGCGAUGAAGACGUCCACGUUUAUUGCCGUAGACACGGAGCUGAGCGGGUUGGGAUCUCGGAAGUGUUUACUAAACCCGUGUAUUGAGGAACGUUACAAGGCGAUCUGUCAUGCUGCCCGGACGCGUUCCGUCCUCUCCCUGGGAAUCGCCUGCUUUAAAGAGCUGCCGGAAAAGGGGAAGAACGUCUACUUAUCGCAGAUCUAUAACCUGACCCUGCUGUGUAUGGAGGAUUACACCAUCGAGCCGCAGUCGGUGCAAUUCCUCGUCCAACACGGAUUUGACUUCAAUAAACAAUAUUCCUGCGGGAUUCCGUACUACAAAGGCAACGACAAGGGCGAUGAGCGGCGUCUGCAGAGCGUCCGCACUCUCUUCCUGGAGCUGCUCCAGGCCCGGAAGCCUCUCGUCCUCCACAACGGUCUGAUAGACUUGGCCUUCCUCUAUCAGAGUUUCUACGCUCAGCUCCCCGACAAGGUCAUGAACUUCGUGGCCGACCUCUCGGAAAUGUUCCCGGCCGGAAUCUACGACACCAAAUACGCCUCGGAGUUCGAGACGCGCUUCACCGCCUCUUACCUGGAGUACGCCUAUAAGAAAUGCAAGCGUGAGAACGGUCGGAGGAUAGACUCGAGCGCCAAUCACCUCUCUGUAGAGUUCUGUCACUAUACCGCCAGCAUGUCGGCGUACGUGGACUACCGCCUGUGCUCCCUCCCCGACCAGGAACGCGCCGGCUCGGCCACAGAAGGGCCCGACAUCUGUGAGAAGUUCUCUGCGUACGGCUGGUGCCCCAACGGGUCGAAGUGCGUUCUCUCCCACAACAUUGACCUGAUCAUCGAUGAGGAUGAGAAGGGAAGAUCAGACAAGAAGAAGAAGAGAAGACGGAAGAGGAAAAGGGGCGCAGCACAAGAAGAGACCAAUGAGGAGGUGAGCAUGGAGCCCCCAUGUAGAAAGCCCAAUGUGGACCCUUCUGAUCCCCCGGAGAAGGAGGAAGAGAAAGGAGAGGAGCACUUGAUGAGCUUGGAGCCCCCUUGUAGAAAACCCAAUGAGGACCCUUCUGAUCCCCCGGAGAAGGAGGGGAAAGGAGAGGAGCAUUUGAUGAGCAUGGAGCCCCCUUGUAGAAAACCCAAUGAGGACCCUUCAGAUCCCCUGGAGAAGAAGGAGAAAGGAGAGGAGCACUUGGUAAACAUGGAACCCCCUUGUAGAAAACCCAGUGUGGACCCUUCUGAUACCCCGGAGGAGGGGAAAGGACAGGAAAACAUGGAGACUGAGAAGGAAGACGGCUCAAUGGAGACCGUUAUGGGCCAAUCAGAGAUGAAGGACGCGCCCACACAGCGAGUCUCUUCCAAUCAGCAUGGAGACCACCAUGGACCUCCAGCGACUGUGGACAUGGAUUUGUUGCUAAGAGACGAUCAGACCAGUAAAGCGAUUGGUGAGGGUCACCAUGUCCAGCCCCCUAAGCGCAAAGUCCCCAGCACGUCGGACGCGGGAACCCACAGAGCCGGCUUUGACGCCUUCAUGACCGGAUACAUUCUGGCUUACGUGUGGAUGCUGAAGAGAGCGGAUAACGCGGACGCUUCCGCCACCUGCCUGCCGGACUGCCAAAAUAAAAUUUAUCUCAGCGGGAAGAACGUUCCUCUGCCGAUCAUCAAAAGCAUCUUCGCCAAAUGCUCCCGCCCCCACAUGCAGAAAAUCAAACUCAUCGCGCCCUAAUGGACCGCCAUCUUUAAUGGGCCGCGGCGGGAUCACUAAAUAUUUACAGAGAAUUUAUGACUUUGGCACCCACUUUUUUUUUUUUUAAUUGUUUAUAACGGGUGAGCGGUCCACACCGACCGCGAAUACAGAGCAGCUAACAUUGGUAUAAAACAGGGACAUGCAAUUAGCGGACCUCCAGCUGUUGUAGAACUACAAUUCCCAUGAGGCUUAGCAAGACUGAGAGCCACAAGCACGACACCCAGAGGCAUGAUGGGACUUGUAGUUUUGUAACAGCUGGAGGUCCGCUAAUUGCAUAUCCCUGGUAUAAAAUAACGAUACAACACAUUGGAAGGUUCACACAUCUGUCGCCGCCCCUAAGCAUUCCUCUCUAGUCGCACCUUCCACGAAAUGUCGGAAGCAAUACUUCCUAGCCCAGUGUGUCCGGUCCCUUCGUUUUUUGUUUAAAAGAAAAGGAGAGAGAACAUCUAAUACUAGCAAGGAAGGUUAUGCCGGGUACACACGAUAGGACCGUUUCGGCGGAUAAAUCCUCUGAGGAUUUUGAUCCGAUGGAGUGUACA